AGAAUUGAGAAUAGAAUAAAUUGUUUUCAUGAAUUUCUCUUCCUAGUCGGAAAUAUUUCACAUUACCGUUCAGAUUUCCAGAAGGACAGACAUUUUGGGAAAAUGUCAGCACCAUCAGCCCCUCCUCCUUCCUAUAACCAAGCAGCAGAUUAUCCUGGCAAGCAAGAAGGGUACUCAACACAGCCAGGGUAUCCACAACAAUCUGGAGGAUACCCCCCACAGGAAGGGGGAUAUCCUCCACCAGCAGGUGGAUAUUCCCAACCACUAACAGGAUAUCCACCAGGAUACUCCCAGCCAACUAAUUAUGGAUAUGGAGCACCAGUUCCACCAGCACAUGAUCCCGAGCCUAUUUUUGUCGGUGGUACCUUUAGUGACAAGGCUGUGAGGCGAGGCUUCAUCCGAAAGGUUUACUUGAUCUUGAUGGCACAGCUGUUGGUGACAUUUGGAUUUGCUUUUCUGUUUUCUUAUGUGACACCUGUCAGAAAUUGGAUGCAGACAACUGGAGCUUGGUUUUAUUAUCUUGGAUAUGGUGUUUUCCUCGUGACCUACUUUGUACUGGUCUGUAUCCCCUCUGUCAGACGGAAAUCUCCGGGAAACUUUAUCUGCCUGGCAAUUUUUACACUUGCACUAUCAUGGAUGGUUGGAACAAUCAGCAGCUUUUACACCACGAAUUCUGUCCUGGUGGCAGCUGGCAUCACCGCUGCAGUGUGUCUGGCUAUCUCCCUGUUUGCCAUACAGACAAAGAUUGACUUCACCAUGUGCUCGGGAUUGUUGUUUGCGUUAGUGAUGGUGCUGUUCUUUUUUGGCUGGUCUGUCAUGAUCGUUUAUUUCACCGUUGGAUACAACUACAUCCUGGACUGUGUUUGGGGAGGAUUGGCUGCUCUUGUUUUCUCAUUGUUCCUGGUGUAUGACACUCAGAUGGUUGUUGGGGGUAAGAAACAUGAACUGGACCCUGAGGAAUACAUCUACGGCGCUCUCCAGAUUUACAUUGACAUUGUGUACCUUUUCCUCAUCAUUCUGUCGCUGUUUGGCAAGAGCAAUUAGAAUCAAGCAGGAACUUUUUUUCCAACUUCUUGAACAAUCUGAAAGGUUACGUACAUGUAUAUUACUCUGUCUAUUUUGUCAGUCAGUCACAAUUGGAAUUUAAACGGACGUCAUGAUUACACUGUAAAAUGUUAUAUGUAUUGUUAAUUCAUGACAUUUUUCUCUUGAAUGUCUCUCACCUUAGUACUAUUGGGUGGUUACCUGUUUACAUGCAUGAGUACAUAAGCACAGUUUUUAAUGCAUGUAUGUUUAUUUUUGAUGAGAUUUACUUUUUAUGAUAGAUAAUUUUGAAAAAGUUAAAUUGAUUUUGCUUUAGUUUAUAUAGAAAGCAUCGAUAAUGCUUACUGAUUGUUUAAAUAUAUUAUAACUUUUUGUAUACGUGGUUAAGUUUUAAAGUAAAAGGCAACUCCUUAAGAAUUUUAGCUACAGCAGUGUAAAUAUGAAAUUAUAGUAUUUAAUUUCUUAGUAAGCACAAGUAAUAAUGACAUAAUUAUGUAAAGUUUUUAAUUUCUUUUUAACUACAUGUACCAGGAGGUAAAUUGCAAGGGUUUUUUUCCAUAAUUUUAAUUUCAUAAUUCAUCAUACAUUACGUACCAAUUGUUAUUAAUUAUAAAAAAAAAACGUAAUUAUACUGUACUUUUUUUGUUGGUCUGUUGUGUGGAUGUUAUACUGUAUUAGUUCAAACAAUAUGUUUCUCUCAAUUAAUUACAAUCAAGGAAAAAAUAUGUGAUAUGUCAUAAUUCUUUGCAAUUUCUGAACAAAAUUUGUAAUUGUUCCAUUUUAAAUUUUUUGGAUUCUAUCCUUAUUGAGUUGACACAAUUACAUGUAUAAGAUUAUGUUUCUCUCAAUUGAUUACAAUCAAGGAAAAUGUUAUAUGUCAUAAUCAAUGUUCUGAACACUUGGUUUUAAUUUUUUUAAAAUUGCUGAAAGUGGAAUGAGGCUUUGUUCUUUCAGCGGUACUGGUUAGAGACCAGAAGUGCUUAUGUGAUGGUAAAGUGUUCAUCAUCUAUCUACCUGUCUAUCCAUCCAUAAACAAGAACUCAAAAUGCUACACAUUGUACAGAUUUGGUUCAGUUUCAGUAAAUACUUGGUUAACUUCUAAACUAAACCAUUUUCUCCAUUGGAUUUUGAUUCCUUUGAAUGGUAUUUUCAUGAUGACUAAAAUUUGGAUUUCAGUAAUUUUUGUAAGUGCACAGACUUCAUUAAAAAAAAUCUCUCUAUCAGAUUUUGAUUUCAGUGACUGCAGGUGACAUGUUUACCAAUAUGGAAAUUUCUGUGAAUUUCAUUUAAAAUGCAACUACUCCUAUAGUUUUGGUCCUAUAUCAGUAAAAAAAAAUUUACAAGUAGACUGAACUAAGUGUACUAUUCUGAUUUUGAAGAGCAUUGCCAUCAUUUUUACGGAAAUUAGUUAAGGAAAUUCUUUCAAAACACUACUCCUCCUACAGUUUUGGUCAUGCAGAUUUCAAGAAAAAUUGGCACAUAAGUAUACCAAGACUCAUAAUCCAGUUCAUAUAUUUAAGAUUUUGGUGUGAUUUCAAUAAACAGUGGGAAAUAUUUAGAAAAAAACUCUGACCUCCACUGUUACCAACAGUAGAGCUACAGUCUCAUCAGAGAUUUCUGGUUUUAAUAUAUUUUUUUAAAAAGCAUGAGAUUGUAGCCCAUAUAUUCUUACAAGGUUUAGUAUUAGGCUGUAGAAUGACCUUAGAUCACCUGUUAUAUUUAUUGUCAGCAUAUAAGGCAAUUUAUUUGCUGGCAUGUCAUGACUUCUUUGACUCCACAUAAAUUCUUUUUAAUAACACAGAUUAAAGAUAUUCGAGGACUGAAUGUCCCAUAACAUAAA